AUGGAGACGGCCCACGGCGCGGGCAUCGCCCUGGCCGAAGCCCUGCAGAACGGGCUGCCCUGGCUGGAGGGCACGUGGCUGUGGGUCACCUACCUGGGCGACCCCAAGUGCGCCUUCCUCGUCUACUUCCCCGCCGUCUACUACGCCGAGCGGCGCGUCGGGCUGGCCCUGCUCUGGAUGGCUCUCCUCUCCGAGUGGCUCAACCUCAUCUUCAAGUGGUUCCUGUUUGGAGAGCGACCUUUCUGGUGGGUUCAUGAGUCCGGCUAUUAUAGCCAGGCCCCCAUCCAGGUGCACCAGUUCCCCGUGUCCUGCGAGACGGGGCCCGGGAGCCCGUCCGGCCACUGCAUGAUCACGGGGGCGGCCCUGUGGCCGGUGAUGACCGCGGCGUCGGGCCUGGUGGCCCGGCGCACUCGGAGCCGCUGGGUCCAGCUGGUGCCUGCCGUGGCCUACGGCCUCUUCCUGUCGGCCAUCGGCUUGUCCCGGGUCUUCAUCUUGGCACACUUCCCACACCAGGUCCUGGGCGGCCUCCUGGCCGGAGCCGCCUUGGGCUGGCUGCUGGCCCCCCGGGUGCCCGUGGAGAAGGAGCUCAGCUUCUAUGGGCUGGUAGCCCUGGCGCUGCUGCUGGGAGCCAGCCUCAUCUACUGGACCCUCGUCACCCUCGGCUUCGACCUGGCGUGGUCGAUCCAGCUGGCCUCCAAGUGGUGCGAGCGGCCGGACUGGCUACACCUGGACACGAGGCCGUUCGCCUCGCUGGGCCGGGACGCGGGCACGGCCCUGGGGCUGGGGGUGGCCCUGCAUUCGCCCUGCUACACCCGGCUGCGCCGGACGCGGCUGGGGGCCGGCCAGCGGGCGGUCUGCCUGCUCCUGGCCCUGGGCCUGCUGCGGGCGCUGGGCGCGCUGGGCCGGCCCCACCAGCUCACCCUCUUCUACGUCCUCAACUUCCUGAAGGCCAUGCUGGGGCCCUGCGUGGUGCUGGCCCUGGUGCCCUGGCUGGUCCACAGCCUCAGCCCCAGGGGGGCCGCUCCCCCGCACGCCCGGUGAGUCGCUCCCCGGCGGGCCACCCCUCUCCCCUGCGGCCGGUCCUCUCGCCGCCGGGCGCCGGGACCGCGCCGACCUCGUCCCCCGAGGCCUCGCUUCCUCUUC